CACUGUCAUGCUAAAUGAUUCAUGAAACCUAUCUUUCAAGUUUCGGCAUCUGGUUUUAUUUGGCCGUGCCUGUAAUAUGUCUAUGGAAAUGCCUUGUAAAUAUGCUGCGAUAAUAACACGAGAAAUAUUUCCAUAGAAGAUAGACACAGACUGCAGGAGUAACUCCGUGGGUCAGACAGCUUCUCUGGACAAAAGGAAUAGGUGACGUUUCGGGUCGAGACCUUUUUUCAGACAGUCAGGGGAGAAGGACAUUUCUACUCAGGAUCACACUUUGCAUCGUUCAGUAGAAAUAUUAUUAACUCGAUCUUUUGAGCUCUUGGGAGGUGUUUUGCCAAAAAAUCUCUGCAGGAAUGUUGUGAAUUCAGGUCUCAUCGAUUGCUUCAGUCUGACACAAUGUCAACGCGAUAAAGUUGGUGAAGUGUCCAAGGGUUAGGACUCCACGAGAUUCGCUGUUGUAUUGUUUAUCUUAGCGACAGUGCAAAAGGUCGGGUUUUAUUGAAUUGCAGCGAUGCCUUCAGAAAAUAGGAAAAACAUGGUUAAAGGCCAGUUGCCGUUUAUUGGGUUUUGCAACUUUGUGGCCAAAAGGGAUAAUUCGGACCGGGAAAACUUGGUAUCAAUUGAAAGGGCAACUACCUGGAGAAAUGUACAGCGCCGCAGAACUCAAUCCAGACAGGUCACUAUUCUGCCGACUGUGGACGAGCUUCAAGAAGCAGAGGGACAUCCACUCGAAAACAUUCAAGAACCAGAACAAAUCAACAGGCCGAAUUGUAAAAAGGUUCAUCUUGCUUUCCUUCCUGACAAAUACGAGCCUUUGGUCGAGUGUGCGGCCGAGAGCGUGAACGAGGAGAGCCGGGCAGACAAAAAGUACAAAAGAAAACAAAAGCUUAAAAAAUGCAGGAAGAACAUUGUUAAAGUGCUUCGUGCUGGAUGGCAUUACUUUAUUCUUGGCAUACAAGAAUUUGCAAAUAAUUAUACAACACCGUACUCAGCUUCUUUUGCUGUGAUUGCUGAGAUGCGCUGAGGGCCCGUGAACAUUGAAAGAUUUCAUAUCUUGCAUUUUAUUUUCAUAUCAAUGACAAAAUUGAAAAAAAAAAUUAUACUUUUAAAAGGAGCUCCAUGUGAACUGAAUAGUUAUUAAGCCAAAGAUGGCAAUACAUUUUAAAUGUCUACCAUUUUAUUAAUAAUGAUUGAUAAAAAUAAAGCAAAUGCAUACAUUUGAUUAUUAUUAUUACUACUAAUAAGGCAUGUCAUUUUAAUGAAUUGUAAUCAUGAAUUAUUGUGAGCUGUAGUCUCAAUUCCCUAUUCCUAAUAAAUUACAGAUUAUAUAUUUUAAAUGUU